UACAAACCAUAUUUCAGUCUCUUCCAACUUACAGAAAAUUGGAUUUAAACUGAUGGUCAGAAUUACGGACCAUUGUUCUUAGCCUAGAUAUUGGGAACCUCAGAAGCAUGGGGGGAAGGAAUGAAGAUGUUUUCUCUCAAGAAGGUAAACAUGAACAUAACCUAUCCUCCAAGUUAUAAAGAUACAGUUUGGAAAUGGAAAGGGGAAAAUUUUUGAAAAUGGAUUAGGAACAUAAUAAUUUUUGCUCUUAAUUUUAGGAAAAUGCACUAGUACCCCUGGUGGAAUAAAUUGUAUCAUGGUCAGAAAUUCAUUUUUAUCUUUGAUUUAGAUACAGUACACACACACACACACACACACACACACACACAAACACACACACACGACAGAUACAAAUGUCCACAAAUUAGAAUAUAUCUCAAUUCCGUUUAAAGAAAUUGUUUGUUAAAGGGCUAUUAAAUAUUUCUCAAACUCACCAUUGGGUUGCAAACUGCAAUUUGAUAACCACACAUUGGGACUCUGAUUUUUGCUUUUUUCUCCUAGAAAUUUUACGUUAAACUGUUUUCUUUUUUGGUUUCUAGUUUUCAGAUCUUAUCAUGCAGUGAAAACUCCAGUUUCUGACUUUGAAUUUAGAAGAUCACCAACUACAUCCCCGUUCAGAUAUUUAGUGCUGAAACAUUUCUGCUGAAGAAAUGUCUUCAGGGUCAGAAAAGGAUAAAGAGAGGCUCGUUCAAGCUGCCAAAACCUUCUUCUUUCACAUGCAAGAUCUUGCUUCCUUCACAAAUGCACUCACUGAAUUGUUUAACAGCAGUAUGAACACUCAGAUCUUCUUGACGGCUGUGAAAGAAGAUGGUAAUGUUAAGGAUGUCUUUGAAUAGAUGCUCAGAACUUUUAAGGAGAUGCAAUCUGCAGUGGUGGCACAGCAGGACAAAAUGCAAAGUGAACCUUUAUGUUCCAAGAUUGCAACAGCUAUGUGCUCUAUGCUUGAGAAGAGUAGCAGUGUAAAGGAGUUGCAACAGUCAGCCAAAGAAAUGUUCAAAAAUGUCCAUACACCGGUCAUUGCCUCUGUGUUGAAUAAUGGUAACAUCCUUGAGAGUUUGGAAUCUUCUCUUUCACUCUUGAUGAAAUAUCCCAUCAUGAAUCUUCAGUUAAGUGACUUCUAUAGAAAAGACACCAAAGAGCAAUCAGAUGAUACCACAUCUGAGAAAAGCCCAAGUCCUGGUCCAUCCAAAGCCACUACAAUAGACACCUUGAAAAAGUUGCAGGAUGCACUAAACACUGAGAAUGCCAAGGAUACCAUCGAGUCAGCUGCAGAGCAGAUGGAGCAAAUUGUCAAAACUAUGGGAGCAAUCUUAGAGAUCCUCCAAAAAGCCACAAAAACUAUGGAAACCAAGUUUUCUGUGUUUAAGAAAGCCAAGGACUAGUAGGAGUGCAACAGUAGUGCUCAUUUCUGUCAGAAAACCAAUUCAAAUCCUGCGAGUUUUUAUAGGACUUUCUAAGACCUUGGAUGCCAGACAUGUGGUCUGUUGGGACAUGAGUUUGAAGAGUAGUCACCUGGCAAAGUGUUUACCUCAAGUUUUGCUUUAU